UUACAGUAACUCAGUUGAUUGUGCAUCCUCUCUCUCUCAAUGCAUUAGGUUCCCCCUAUCGACAGGACAGGAUGGCACUUCUCGAUUACCCUAUUCCAGAGCUGGAUGUCACCUUACAAGAGGCAGGCCGUGUGCUCCAGCUCACCCUGAGCCCUGAGCUCUAUCCUCAAUACAAAAACACCCUUAGCCAACAUAGGGAGGUCCUGCAGGAUGCCCAAAAGUGCUUUGCAGCUGCCGCCUUUGGUCUAGAGAACUGGGUGACAGAGCAAUUCAAGAGCCGGCUGCUCUCAUGUACCGACCCCCUGCCCACCUCGACAGCCAUCCCCGCUGUCCUGCCCCCCUCCAGAGCCAAGGAGUGUGCCCAACUGGAGAGGGCUGCCGCUCUGCUCUGGGCUGUGGCGAAGAUGUAUAGUGAGCCUUCGCUGGUAGAGGGAGAGGGGCCAACUGAGCGCACACAGCAAUCAGAGGUGUUUGCUUCCAGCCGCAUUCCUGGAAAGACCCAAGAUGAGAUUAAAGUAAGCUUUGGGAAAUAAAUAGAGUACUUUGACUCAGUGUUUAUGGGUGUUUUCAUACACCAUCUCUGACGAUAAUGAUAACAGUUCAUCAUACUUCCUUGUCUUAUUUUCAUCUAAUGUGAUUAUCUCCUACUUCUUAAUGUGCUAUUUGUAUUACAGGUAUACCCAGACAGCCUCCAUGCCAUCGUCAUCUGUGCUAGAGGGGUAUUUUCAGUCAACAUACUGCAGCGUCCCAGCCCAGGAGGGCCUAUGUCUCCUCUACCAUUCCCUGACAUCUACAGUCAAGUGGCUCAUGUGAUGAGCCAACAUAGAGCUGCCAAGAACAACGAGCCCUCUGCCAUCUGCGGCCUCUCUUCCCUGCAGCGGCAAGCCUGGAGUGCCGUGAGGGAGGAGAUCCUGAGAGCAGGAGGGGCAGCGGCCGCCUCACUGGGGUUGAUGGAGAGUGCUGUGGUGGCUCUCUCCCUGGAAGACUGCAAUCCACCAGCUGAUCUGGCAGACACCCUCAACGCUGUCAGACUGGGAGGAGGAGAUGGGCCCUGUCUGAGAUACUAUGACAAGGUACAGCAUGGGAUGUUUGUGGUACUGUCAUUGUGGAUGACAACUACUACAAUACAGUACAGUACAGUACAGUGGUGCUGUAGUGAAUCAACUGGAUUCAUCGGGUUACCGGAUGAGGAUAUGGUCUUAAAUUAUACAUCUCAUUAAAACCUGGAACAUGAAUUUCUGUGUUGACAAAAAUAUACCCUAGAUAAUUGAGUUAAAUCAGUUUUUCAAUGUUGAAUCAAAUUGUAAGUGGAUCUUUACUGCACAUCAGACAUACGUAAUUACACCCAACAAACUUCAGUUUAUUAACUCACUGACACAAGACUUGAAAACCUAGUUUCCUCUUUAGGUCAACAUCACAAGCAAACAUCACAAGUAUCACAAGUAAAAUAAAAACUAUUUUUUAAUACUUUUUCUACAGGUGGUGAACCUGGUGGUAUUCAAAGACAGCACAGCAGGGAUGGUGUUCGAGCACAGUGCACUGGAUGGAAUGGUGGCUGGGUUAGUGGCUGAGACUGUGUGGUAUCUCUCUGAGUCUCUUAAUGUAGACCUAGUCCAGGCCAACACAGGAAGCAAUGGGUCAGCCUAUCUUAACAAGGCUGAUUCCUCCUCCCCAAGCCCCCUAGCAUUCCCACUACAGGGUAUAACUAAAACAGACCCUCCAAAGUCCUCCCCUAAAGCAAUUCAUCCUAUCAUCACAUUUGAGGUUCCCUCUUACCCAGAUGUCUUUGCUACCCUCCGGGGUCACAGGGGCCUGUACGAUGCCUGGAUCAACUUUUCCUUGCAGCUCUCCCUGAGGCAGACUCUUGGGGAAUCUGCUGCCAGCCACAUUCUUGUAACCCCUACCCAUAUGCGACACUACAAGCAUGGCCGCUGCGAUCCGACAUACUCCCUCACCAUGCAAUCCUGCCAGCUCAUCGGUGCUUUGGCAUCCUGCAUCGGACCAGACAACAACCCUCGAUACACGAACGAACUGCUCCGUCUGUUCCAUGUGGCUUUCCUGGAGCACAAGAACCUGAUCAAAUCCACUAAAAGUGGACAUGGUGUGGGCCCUCACCUAGCAGCCCUACGCUGGUCCAUGUCUCCAGACAACCCUCUCAAAAAGUUUCUUGACCCCUUUGGGUGCCCCUCCGUUUACCUUACUGGCAAGGAUUUGAUGGAGGGAGUGGAGCUUGCUGUAGGGAAUGUAUACGCUAAAGACCAACUGGCUGUAACCUACCUGGGGAGGAGAGACCGGGUCCGUAUGGUGCUCAAUGGGAAAGGCACAUUUGCCACAGUGUUGAAGAAGCUUCAAGAUAGCCUGAAAGUAAAUCUGAAGCUGGUGAUGCAACUCGCUGUCAGAUAUGCCGUCGCCGGACAAAUGGGAGCCAUGGAGUGUCUGCUUGAAGAAGGACAAGCAGGAAGAAGGAAUGGAUCCGCCCAAGGGGAAAUUCACAAAAGUAUCAGUCCAGCAGGCCAAAAACAAGGCAAGACAAUGUCCAAGUCAACACUUCCCUCUGACUCUGCCUCCAACAUGAGUCCAGACUACACUCUGGUGAUCCAUGGUGGAGCUGGGGAGGAGAUGAUGCUGAAUACAAAGGUGGUAGGCAUCAUUGAAUUUUCUCUACAGACAGCCCUGACCCUUGGAGCACAAGUGCUACAACAAGGAGGCAGCAGUCUUGAUGCAGUGCAGCGGAGUGUGCAAGCUCUUGAGGACUGCUUUCUGUUUAACGCCGGGAAGGGAUCUGUUUUCAACAAAGAUGGGAAAAAUGAGAUGGAGGCGACCAUAGUAGAUGGAAACGGGAUGAACUCUGGAUCGGUGGCUUGUGUGCAGAGUGUGAAGAACCCAGUGAAAGCAGCAAGACAGGUAAUGGAGAAGAGUGCGCACUCACUCUUAGUAGGGGAAGGUGCAGAAGAGUUUUUGCAAGGCUUAGAAGAGAGUGAGAAGCCUAUGAGGGCAGAGUACUUCCAAACUGAUGCCCGUCGCAGAGAGCUGAUAGCAAAACUCAGUGCUGGCAACGCCUCCAAAAACAACCAUCCACAGACAGUGGGAGCUGUUGCUUUGGAUCGAUGGUGUAGGUUAGCUGCUGCCACGUCCACAGGUGGGUUGGUGGGAAAAUGGAAGGGUCGAGUUGGGGACACAGCAGUAGUGGGAGCAGGUAUAUUUGCUGAUGACAAGCUUGCAGUAACCUGCUCUGGCGAUGGAGAUCUGUUUCUAAGGCACACAGUUGCACAAAAAGUGGCCAGUCUCUACCAUCAUAAAGGCUACAGCCUUAGGGCGGCGUGUCGAGAAGUCAUGUCUGAGAAUUUGAAGGGCAGCUGUGCUGGAAUCAUUGCUGUAGAUGUCAAAGGCAAUGCUGUUGUUGAAACCAAUGCUGGGGUGUUGUUUGUAGCAUCCAUGGUUGGUGGCAUUGCACGUGUCGAAGUCCUGAGACCCAUGAAGAGUUAUUCCAAUGUGAUCUGGGAGACUGACGAACUGGUUGCUCACCUACACUCCAACCCUUGGACACCAGGUGCAACCAUCCUUACCCGAAAGACUCUGAGUGGGCCAAGCAGCAUCUUUCAGCUGGCUGUGCCAGAUUUCUUAGCACUGUUGCAAGGAGCACGGGCUGUUGCAAACCUGCUAUGCGAACGACUGGGGGUACAGCAUUGUGCCCUAGUAUUUAACCCACAUCCCGAGCAGCCGGCCCAAAUUCGAGUGCUACCACUUCAUGGCCUGGAACCCAACUGGCGCCCCCAUCUGGCCGGGGAGGAGGACUUUCAGCCCUAUGACCCAGGUUACUGCAGCUCAAAGAGUGGCCCACGCUGGGAAGAUGCAGAUCUGGACCAGGUUCAGGCCAAGAUUCGGGACAGGCUGCCAACACCUAACGCACCAUCGUGCUAUGACUUCUUAGGAGAUCCCUCCCACAAUGGACUGUUCUGCCGUAUCGUACGUGGGGAGGAGCAACAGUGGCGGGUGUGGGAGGACAGUGAUUAUGUGGCUUUCCUCACUCCCUACCCUAACACACCUGGACUCACAGUUCUAGUGCCACGUAAACCACUGUCCAGCAACAUUUUCCGUCUGGAAGAGACUGAUUACACAUCACUGAUCCUGGCCACUCGUAAGGUAGCUGGACUGCUGGAGGAAGGAAUGCAUGCUCGAGGUGUUGCACUCAUCUUUGAGGGCUUUGAGAUUGAUAAUGCCCAUGUCAAGCUGAUCCCUCUGGUUCCUCCACGUGGUGACAAGCCUGCUGAGGUGUUCCCAGAGUACUUCCAAAGCUACCCCAGCUACGUCUCAUCUGCCGAUGGCCCUCCCGCCAGCCCUGAAUCUCUAAAGGAGAUCCACACCAAAAUCACACUUUGCAGGCCUCCUCGUUCCUGGGAGGACCCACAGAGCCACUCCAUGUUAACCAUCAAGAGCCAGUGGUACCGCAAUCUCUUUCAAAUUCAAAAUACCCUCUUCCACAGCACAGUGGAGUACUUCAACAACACCUGUCAGUACGCGUACGCCCUGACUCCUCUCACCACUGACACAAUCUCCUCUCCGAUGGGCUUGGGAUCAGACUCAGAGCCUGUUUACGUCAACAUGCUGGGGCAGGAUGUGUACUUGGCCGACUCCAUGCAAUUUGUGCUGGAGUAUUUCUUGCGAUUCCAAGAGAACUUGCCGGGGACAUACUAUGUAUCGCCAAGUUUUCGGGGAGAAGAUCCAGAUGCCACGCAUCUUAACCAGUUCUACCAUGUUGAGUGUGAGCUCCUGGGCGACAUGGAUACUGCCAUGCACAUAGCUGAGGAGUACGUGGCUCAUCUCACCAAUGCAAUGCUGAAGAAACACUCCAACAUCAUCCUGAACUCCGCUGGGACCCUUUCACACGUCCAGGACUUACUGAAGAAGUUGGAGGGAGGAACCCCUCUCCCAAGAGUCACUCUGGAUAAGGCCAUCCCUAUGAUGCCCUCGCCAGACUGCUUGGAGUGGGUACAGGAUGACCAGCCCCAGUUUGGCAGGAAGUUAACCCGCAAAGGAGAACGGGUCUUGAUUGAGAAGUACGGAGGCGCUGUUUGGCUGACAGAGAUGGACCACCUGGGAGUGCCUUUCUACCAAGCAUAUGUGGAGGGCUCGGGCAGACGCAAGGCAAAAGCAUCAGACCUCCUCUUGGGAUUGGGGGAGACUCUGGGUCUUGGGGAGCGUCACUCCAACCCUGAGAUGGUGCAAGAAGCCCUCAGACAUCACGCUGUGCCAGAGGAAUCCUACAAGUGGUACAUCAACAUGCGGCAGGUCAUUCCUCUACUCACCAGUGGGUGGGGCAUGGGCACAGAACGCUACUUGUGUUGGCUGCUUCAGCAUAAUGACGUCAGAGACAUACAUAUUAUACCCCGUAUGAAGGCCAGGAAAUACAUGCCUUGAAAUAUCCCUAACCCAUUAGUUACCCAAAGACUGAUAAAAAAGUUCCCCUAACUGUCAGCUCUUUCAUUGAACAUCCUAAGGGAUGCACAUAAAGUGAGACAGCCUAUCUUUAAACCUCUGAAAGUAUACUAUAAGCCUAACAUUAGGAACAAGAGAUCAGUUGCAGUUAUGAGAGAGCAGUGACUGUGUGUUGAAAAGGUGCUGAUUGAGUAGAUGAGGGGCAACAAAUAGAGGAGGUAUUUCCUAUAAAUUAUACCUUUUGUAUAUUUUCAUAUAUAGACCAGCCAAUUGAACCUAAUCAUAUUUUCUUUCCAAAGCAGGAUUUUGUUACAUGUAGAAACAUCGGUCUGUCUGUAAUUCUUGAAAGUAUCUGUCUGUAAAUCCUUCUAUGUAAAACUCUUAAUCAUUCUCUAUCCUUGAUACAAAAUAUUUGGUUAAAUGAGGAAUAACAUGGUACAACUCACACAAUAGUUUUUAACAUUUCACACAAAAGAAUUACUCUUCACAGGCAUCUCAACUGUCUAAUCAAGUGAGAGAAGAUAUUUGCUAACAUAACACAUUGGUCAAGGUAGACACUUCUCUGCCCUAUUUAAGAAAAUUGAUGUUUUGAGUAUGAUUAUAAAAACACUUGAAAAUACUAUACUUCUGUGUGAAUUUUCAAAUAUUGAUUAUUAUUAAGAAGGUGAAUUAUUGUGUUUGUUUUACAUGUAUGAUCCUUUUAAUUGUUUCCUAUAUUAACAAGGCAUUAAUAAACGCUGUCUUCGUCAGCCAUCAAACAAUGUAAAUCUCUUAUUACCAUUCAAAUUCAAUUGUUGCUGUG